CCGUAACGGGACCCUCCGCGUUGGAAAGGUUUUCCCUUCAGUCCCGCAAAACCGUCGCAUCUCAUUCUAGCACGCAUGCAUGACCAUGUGCCGGAUGAGCAAUCGUUCCCGAUAGUCCUCUACUGACCGACGAUGCUGCGAUUCCGGAGUUUUGUUCCUGAGAGAAGAUCGAGUUUUCUUCCGAAGGGAGUCGGAAUAGAAGUUCCGCAUGACGAUUCCGAAUUCAGGGACUCCCUCACCACCUCCCGGUAAUCUCUCGCUACUCCGAUGAUCAGAAUCAGAGCGGAUGCCUCGCCUAGCCCUUCGAUUCAGAACAUACCAGCUGUUCUCUGAUCGAACUACGUGAUGAAGGGUCAUGUGAAUGUUUAUGUUUGGAAACGGAUCAGGAAGGCCGUCAAAGACCUGGAGAUGGGUUUCGCCCCACGUAAAGUUCGUCAGCUGUUCUUCGCCGGGAUAGUCCUCUGUGUGCUGUGCACUCUCUUCCUCGUUUGCUUCCUGAGCUUUGGAAUUCUGGAGCAUCCGUACACGCAUCGCCUUGCCGUCAUCGUACCGUUCCGAGAUCGGUUUGAGGAACUCAUUGAGUUUGUGCCGCACAUUGGGAGAUUCCUGAAGGCUCAAGGCGUCGCAUAUAGGAUCAUAGUAGUGAACCAAGGAGACACUUAUCGAUUCAAUCGAGGUGCCUUGAUAAAUAUUGGCUACCAUGUCAGCAAAGCACAGUGUGAUUAUCUCGUGAUGCAUGACGUUGAUCUCCUGCCGAUGAAUAGUAAACUCAGCUACCGCUAUCCUCAGCAAGAGGAAGUGAUUCACCAUUUGGCGGCGCCCCAUCUCCAUCCCAAAUACCACUACGCGACGUUUGUGGGAGGAAUCCUCAUGAUGCGGCACGAAACCUUCGCGCGAUUGGAUGGACUCUCGAAUAAAUACUUCGGAUGGGGUCUCGAAGAUGAUGAGUUCUAUGUACGCAUCAAGGAAGCCGAAUUCACCUUGGAGCGACCCGCAGUCGACAUAGGAACCGGCAUCAACAACACCUUCAAGCAUAUGCACGAUGCCCGGCGCAGACCUCGGGACAUGGCAAGGCUUGGGAAUCAACGAGAGGAGUCGCGGAGGCGAGAUCGCGUCACCGGUCUUCACAACGUCGUGUACAGGCUCCAAUCCCAUCACAAGAUGCAAAUCGACGGAAUUUCAGCGGAUGUUUUCAACGUCUUCUUGCAUUGUGAUGUCACCCGUACUCCCUGGUGCGAGAAACCCAAGACGAAGAGGGCGCAAGCUGGAUAGAGAUGGGGAAAUAUGUUGAAGAAUUAAGGAGGAUAUGGAAUUCAGGGAAUUGGAGAGUAUCGAGAGGCAUGGACGGAAAUCGAGGAUAGCUCGCCGCACUUAUCGAGGCUACCGUCGACACCCAUCCUCGCUGUAUAUUCAUUCGCUCACACGCUGUAGCCAGGACGCUACGCCCACUGCUUAAGCUUUAGUCGUCAGAUUCUGACGAAUGGUGCGCCGGAGUCUUGAGGCGAUCGGAGGUCCUUGCCGAGCCGAGUCUCCCAGACUCUCAGGACUCCAAACACUAGUUCGUCGGCUGCGGUUUCGCUUCCUUUGCCGCGUUUUCAAUCCCGACCGUGCCCUCUAGUGCGACUCCGCUCUAUUGAACAUACUCAUACCUCUCGAACGGGUGAGCGAGUCCGAGUCAGAAAUCUUCCGUGGGACUGCCGAAUCUUCCAGUUGCCAGCGAUUAGCAUCAAGUCUUCCCAUCACGAAUGAAAGCUCCAUUCAAGAGUUUGAGUCUGAAUCUCGUCUGUCUGAUUCACUUUUGUACAUAAACUGAUCGAUAUCUGUUUUUGGAGGAUGAGU